AUGCGCGCCUUACGCGUCCUGUCCAAGUAUCGCCGCGCGCGCAAUACACCCCCUACUGGCGCGCACGUCAACACCCCCACCGAUGGCACCCAAGUCUUCCGGCUACCCGACGACAUUCUCUACGAGAUCUACGAAUGGGCCGCGAUCGUCUACCCUCCGAAGAACUACGUGGCAUCGCUGCCAACGGUGCGCGCGCAGGCCCUCGCCCGCCUGGGAUGGAUCGUCCUCACUCAUAUCUGCCGCCACUGGCGCGCCAUCGGCCUCAGCUCCCAUCUCGCGCCGCUAUGGGCUCGCGUCGUCUGCUUCUCCCCACAUUGGAGGGCGUUACGGGAAGUCCCCCUGCGCGCCAUGACCUGUCCACUUAUAGUGGAUCUGUCGUUCGAUGACCCGCUACGAUCAACCGAAAUGACCCAGAGCGGCUGGGCAUUACCUACGCCGAUGGAACGCUUUGCGAUCCAGAACAUCGAGAGGACUCAAACGUUGAUUGCGCCCGGACGACGCCUGGUCGAUAAGCUCAAGACAAGGCGUCUUACUCUGCCUACCCUGCGCGAGCUUCGCUUUGGCCCGAAUGGCCUGCCCGCAGAUUUCGAGCCACAGUGGGAGUUGCCGGCGCUCGAAGUACUGUCGCUGCCCUGGACCGAGGGCUUGUUCCCUCCCACGAUGGUGCCAGCAUCGCUCCGCGAGCUACACUUGAGUGUCUACGCGGGCCGUAUCAGCCUCGCAGACUUGCGCGCCUUCCUCCUCGCAUGCUCGCAUCUCGAAGAUCUCGACCUCUCCGUCUCCGGCGAGUGGACGGACCACGUGCUCACAGACGAUGUUUGGCCCGCCGAGCUUCAACCCGUACAUUUCGACCAUCUCAAGCGAGCAAGGGCACUCUGCGAUGAAGAACGGUCUGCGGCAGAUCUCUGGGCGCUUAUGUGCGGCUCUCCCGAGUCGUCGAUGAAGUUUACGUUUUGGGACGGGGACGACCCCUACAAAACACCCAGUUCGGCGCAGGUCCUAAUGGACGCGUGCAAAAGCCACUUGUUGAGCGCGCUGUACGAUACCGUGGGCAUCCGUAUAUCGAACGCCAUGGGGGAGAGCGACCUGAUCCUGCGCCUUUCCUCAUCGCGCACGCCCACGGCAUUCUGCGAGCUCGCAACGCUCGCAAACGAGGCUCUCCGCCGAGAAUUCCUGUCUAUCCUACCAACGUACACCCUCGACUCCGCCUCCCAUAUCACUUCUCUUCACCUCGAUCAGGUAGUGGUCGGUGAAGCCGCCGUUAUCGAGGUGGUCGGCGAUCUUUUUAGAGCGUUGAAGUGCGUCGAGGAACUAACGUUGACCGGGAUGAACCCCUGGUACUCCGCGAAGCACCUCCGCGUACUCGCUUCCAACGCACCACGCACCGUUCUACCAGCUCUGACAACCCUUACGAUCUCAAGCAUGCACAUCGACUUCCGCUUGGGCAACCCUAUCGGCCAGGCCGGGCCGUGGUGGAGCACUCUAGCGAGCGUUCUAUAUGCGCGAUGUAACGCGCUCGGAUUUUUGCCCUUGAGGCUCGUGAAACUUGAAGGAAUAUGGAGUGGGCGAGGGUCGUGGGGGAGGACAGAGGACAGGUUCAUGGAGAAUCUGCGGACGGAGGGAUCAGUAGACGAGUUGCGCGAUGAGCGUGUGUGGACUAUCUAG